AGCUGCUCUCCUGUCUCUCGGUGAUGCUUAAUGAGAUUAGCAGUCCGUCUUAGCCCUGCGUCAGUGCAAAGGGGUCAAUCACUGGAUUAGCAUCUCGCUUAAGAGUCGCAUCAGUUUAAUAUACUUUAUUAUUAUUAUUAUUAUUAAUUUUGUGUGUGUGGGAUUUUUCUCUUUAUUGCAUUCACUUCCCAAAGCAUGUUCAGCGCGCGCAUUUGCGCCGUAUCCGCAGAUGGGGGUGCUUCGCUGCGCAGCGCGCUUCGCCUCGGGACCGAGCGCGUCCGGGCUCUCGGGCGCUGAAUGAAGCGUCUUCCAGGGAGAGAAGAGGAGCCGGGGCAGCUGGAGUAGUGAAGGGCGGCGCGGGGUGCGGGGUGGGGUGUGUGCCGACAUCUCGCCUUGCUGCGGCAGAGUCCGAGACUCUGCGCGAGUCCUCCCCAUGCCACUGGUAAAUAACAAAGUGGGCGAUGAUUGCGCGGCGAGCGGAGACGAGGCUCCGGCCGACGGGAAGGCGCUGGUGGACUCGCUGAUAAAGGUUGUGGCUUGCUACCGGCACUUAGCCUCAUGCGUGGGUGGGUGCACAGACAGCCUGCAGCUCCGCGACGAAUUGAGGCAAACGAGAGAAAAGGCCCAAAAGUUGGCCGGGGACAUCUGCCAGCACCUGACCUCACAUCUCCGGGACAAGAGCCUGCCCGAUGGACAACGCAAGGAGAUGGAGCUCCUCUGGGUGGCCUUCUCUGCCUGCCUGGAGCUGCUGCACGUUGACAUGUGCAAAGUUUUGAACAUCAGCAGCAUUGUCUCGCUGGCCGACUCGGCAUCACUUGUGCACACUGGCCUGGAAGGAGGAUGCAGUGAUGUAGCGGCCCGGGCCUUGAGUUUCCCCGACCUGAACCAGGUUCAGACGGAUUCCCUCCCUGCGGGCCUCGAGAGCCAGGAGCGCAGCACCAUGGAGCUCGAGAUCAGUCAAAUUGACCGCAUGAUCGACGACAUGGAGAUGAAAGUCAACGUGCUGCGUUGGAUGGUGGAGCCCCAAGGGCCGCUGUACGCAGACCCCCUCAGCAGCACUGACAGCGCCUCCAUGGCUCUGCUGUCCGUAGACGAGGAGCAGCAGGCCCCCACAUCUCAUCCCCUGUGCCAGCGGAGCCAAAUAUUUGUGCUCUUACUGCUGCUUGGUGUUUUUUUUGUAGCGGUCACUUUAUCUCUCUGUAUUUUCUUUUUCUCGUGAGCAAGACCUUAAGAAAUUUCAAUCAUUCAUCUUUUUCUGAAGGUUUAAACAGUGCACCAGACUUAAUCCAGAUGCAAGCUAGCAUACAAAUUGUUUACACUAAAUCUAACUAAAUGCUUUUUUGAUUUUAAAAUAGCUUAUGCCACUUAGCACUUGAUUCAUAAUCUGAAAUUGAGUAUAGCACAGAUGAUGAAAUUUCCCUGUUGUUCUCUGCUAUCUGAAUUUAUCAGUAACAGGUUGGAAAAAUCAACUAGACUGUCUCCUGAAGUGGGACGUCCCUGAACGACCCUGAACGACCCUCAACAUAGCAUCCAAUAUGGCUGCUCCAGUAACUUGUUAAAUCAAUAACACAUAUAUAUUGUCACAUUUUUUCUUUUCUUUUUUUUGUAAAAAUAUUCCCCUUGGGCCAAAAUUAAAUCUAUUAUUGUUAGCAUGCAAGGCCAAUAACUGUUAGCCUUGUUACUAAAACCACAUCCUAUUUGAUCUCAAGUUAGACACAGUGGUUUUCGAGCUGAAAACAAAAUCAAGCACAUCGUUUGAUUUUCUGUUAUAAUCUGAAUUUGUUUGUCUCUAACAGCUACAAAUGAAACGUAUCUUCCACAGAUGUGUGUAUUUGUGACAAUUGCGUAAAUAAGCCAGUUAUCAAUAAGAGCUUUUGACAGUUUGCGUCUCGUUAAAACCUUUGGUGCACAUGGAGCUGUGGAAGUCUAUUUUUUCCAAACAUGUCCUUUCCACGUUUUGAGCACAUUAAAUGAAGAGAAGCACAUGAUCGACAGCCUGCGUUGCUCCGAGUAGUUGACAAUAAACCGAAGAGCAAAUCCCACAGAUUUCCCAGCUCCUCUCUGAGCCGCGGUGCAGUUUGCUGGGAUAUCAUUCCCAGGUCCAAGUCCUUACUUUCAAAGGAAACUGGAGCCAAGGCUGAGUUUUUCUCUGUUAAAUGUAAAAAGGUGAGACAGAAAAGCUAACAAUUCUGUACAUUUUGCUUAAUGAUUUGAGGAAAAAAAAGAAGCUAGAAUGACUUGCAACUUUUUUUUUUGAUUGCCAAUGUAAGUACGUAGGUGCUUAUGCUUGGUAGAGGAUGUAAUAAUUUAUCUUUUUUGUAUAUAAGCAGCACUCUAAACUAAACGAAUGCAAUGACAUAAAUACAUUUACUGUGGAUUAUAAAAAUAUAAAGUUUGACAAAACCCUGUUGUCAUUUU